AUGCGUUUCUCUAUCAUCUCUGCUUUUUCCCUCAUUGGCGCCGGCAUGGUAUCCGCUCUUCCUUCUGAGGGUUCCAUUGUUGCCCCCGUCAAGCGCAGCAGUGCUAGCACCGAGUCUAAAGUCCAAGAAGCUGCCGCCGCUCUGGCUGGCAACAAGGUCGAGAAUGAAUCCGAGACCUCCGAUUGUGUUGGCUCUCUUCUUUGCUGUGGUUCACUCACCACCCCUCUGGACCACAUUGUUGACCCCAUCCUGGAGGACCUUGGCAUUGAUGCUGCCAACAUUGUUGGGUCUAUUGGUCUCUUGUGCGAUCCCUAUGAAGCCUCCACUUGUGACUCCGCUCCUCAGUGCUGCACUGAAGCCAACCUCCUGGGUGGUACUCUUGCUCUUGGCUGCUCCGCUCUGAAGAAGUAA